AUGUUCUCCACUACUUUGACCACCUUCCUUGUUGCUUCGGCCAGCUUGGUCUCGGCCGCCUCCAUCCCGGUCCGGGAUGCCGGCAAGUCCGGCUCUGCCAGCAUAACGCCCCACGACGUCUUCUCUUCUUCCAUCGGUGUCCUUGGUUGCAAAAUUGACAUCAACCGCGUUGCCUACUGGCCCAACUCCGUCGGCUGCGAUGACAUCUGCGUUAAAGUCUCCAACGGCGACCGCAGCGUCAAACUGCUCCGCAUCGACCAGUCGGGCGGUGCCUUCGACAUUUCCUACGAUGCCUGGAACUACCUUAGCACUGGCAAAUCUGCCACCGAUGCUCCCACCGAGGGUGGUGGUGUUCCCAUGAACUGGGAGACCGUCCCCGCCAGCGAGUGCAAGCAUCUCCUCAAGGACGACGGCAGGCUGCCCCUCUCUGCUGCCAACAGCAUGAACUACCUGUCUUCUUGCCUUGCCCAGCCCGAGAGCUUCGUGGCCAAGAACCACGCCCUCUUCAACAUUCAGAACUCUGCCUGCACCUGGGGUGUCGAUGAGGAGUGCAACCUCGACCUGGCAGUCAGCAACCAAGCCUCCUGCCCCAGCGGCCUCGGCAGCACCAAGGCCUUGACCAGCCUUCCUGUCGAGAACAUUGCCUACGGUACUGGCAAGCUUUCUGUUGCUCUUCAGUGA